AUGGAUCUUGUCAACCACCUAGAAGGCCGCCUCCUCUUCGCCGUCCCCAAAAAGGGACGACUCCAACAAGCCACCCUCGACCUCCUCGCCGGCUCCGACAUACAAUUCCGUCGCGAAACCCGCCUCGACAUCGCCCUCGUCAAGAAUCACCCCAUCGCCCUCGUCUUCCUCCCCGCCGCCGACAUCCCGACCUUCGUCGGCGAAGGCCGGGUCGACCUCGGCAUCACCGGCCGGGACCAGGUCGCCGAACAUGAAGCGUUCGUGCCGGCCACGGAAGAUACGGGCGUCGAAGAGGUGCUGAACCUGGGGUUUGGAAGGUGCAGGUUGCAGGUGCAGGUGCCGGAGAAGGGGAAGCUGGAAAGGCCCGAGGAGCUGGUGGGGAAGAACGUGGUGACGAGCUUUGUGGGGUUGACGGAGAAAUACUUCGCGCAAUUGGAGGGGCUGGAGGGGUACGAGAACGGGGUCACGAACGGAGAUGCGUCUGUGAGGAGCAGGCUGAAGACGAAGAUCAAAUUCGUGGGUGGGAGUGUGGAGGCCGCUUGCGCGUUGGGCGUCGCGGACGGGAUUGUGGAUCUCGUCGAAUCCGGCGAGACGAUGAAAGCAGCCGGCCUCAAAGCCAUAGACACCGUGGUCGAGAGCACAGCAACACUGAUCAAAUCGAAACACCCCUCGAAUCAAAAGCUCGUCGACAUGAUCGCAUCCCGCAUCAGCGGCGUCAUCACCGCGCAGAAGUUCAUCCUCUGCCAGUACAACAUCGCCCGCGGCGGCCUGGAGACGGCCACCAAGAUCACGCCCGGGAAGCGGGCGCCGACCGUCACGGCUCUCGAGGACCCGGAGUGGGUGGCCGUCAGCUCCAUGGUGCCGAAGGAGAACAUAGCGUCGGUCAUGGACGAGUUGACGGCUGGUGGCGCGACUGAUAUACUGGUGCUCAACAUAGCCAAUUCGAGAACUGGAUAA